GUGUUUAGUUCAUACGGAUCAACUAUACUGUAUGCAUUUGUACAACUGCUGUAACGAAUAAAAAAAAAUGCAGGGCCACAUUUCAAAAUAUAAAUAAAUGAUUCAAAAUAAUAAAACCUGACGUCAUUCUUGCACUACAUAGUGGAGUGGUUGAGGAAAUGCAUGAUGUUUUGGGCUGGAGAUCCGGUUUAGUCAAGGUCUCUGUCUGCCAGAGAGGAACUGCUGUUUUCCUGCUGCUCUGUAAUGUUAGGUGUGUCUCUCACUUUGUGGAAAAGGUCAGCACAGGAAAGGACAUUUUGUUCCUCAUUCCUUUAGGUGAUUUGUGCUGUGAGUUUGGUUAUCUUUACUGUACUCUGCUACUGAAAAAAGGGUCUGUGCUUGAAUACAAAUACACCUGUACAGUAGUUAUUUGCAGGCUCAACAAGGCCUUGUUGUUUACAGAGCUCCCUCUCUCUUUCUGUCCCAUUCCUAUUCUUUUCUCUCUUUCUCGUGUGCUCCCCCAACGAGCAGCGUAAUAGGAAAUGCAUGACUAAACCAUUGUGACUCUAACCGUGUUCAUCUGACUAGCUCAUCUGGCUCUGUUUAUGUUUAUGGUGACUUGGAUUAUACUGUACAGAGCCAUUAAUAAAGUUGAACUGUUUAAAGUUCCAGGAAAAGUUAUAUUUCUUUGUAUGGUUGAGAUGUUUUAGAGGAGAGAGUUGGUUAUGCAAUAAAUGGAAUUCAUCCAAUGGUCCUUCAACACACACACACACACACACACACACACACCCAUGGUUGCACAAAACUUAGACGGUAUCAGGCAGAGCUGUCGUUCCCAUAGCUACUCGAAAAUGCACGGGCAAGGAAAAGAGAGGCCAGAAACAGUGAAGGUCAUGGUAUUCCUGUGUGUAUGGGCGGGGUAAGUCUUGUGUUUGGAACGCUGUACCCUGCAUACUACUCCUUUAAAGCAGUCAAAUCCAAGAACGUCAAAGAAUAUGUACGAUGGAUGAUGUACUGGAUUGUGUUUGCUCUUUAUACGGUAGUGGAGACCAUCACAGAUCUUUCUUUAGCAUGGUUUCCACUUUACUACGAGCUGAAAGUGGCUUUUGUCAUCUGGUUGCUGUCCCCUUACACCAGAGGAGCCAGCCUCAUCUACAGGAAGUUUCUACACCCUAUGCUGGCAUCCAAGGAAAGGGAAAUUGAUGAUUAUUUAGUCCAAGCCAAAGAGAAGAGUUACGAGACCAUGGUGAAUUUUGGCCGUCAGGGUCUCACUAUCGCGGCCACUGCUGCUGUCUCCGCUGCAGUUAAGGGACAAGGUGCCAUCAGCGAGCGUCUGAGGAGUUUUAGUAUUCCUGACCUGACGCAGAUCCCCUCCGACCAAUCAGCAUUCGCCAAUCCUAGUCGACGAGCCAUACAUCCUGCUAACCCGAAUUCUGGUUCUGAGCCAUAUAAACAAGAAGGGGAGGGGCAUGAGGAGGAAACAGAUGGAGUAUUCUCAGAAGAUGAGGCGUCUGUGCAAAAGGGUCUGCGUAGAUCUCAGAGUGUGAAAAUCACGCGUGCCAAAGCGGCACGCAAAGAGCCAAGGUACGGGUCUUUAAAGCUGAAACCCAGAAGGAGGCCAUUGAUUACAUCAUCCACAUUUGACCAUACUUGAUCUUCCGCUGCACAACACCAGGGGGGAUAAGCAUUACAUCAACCACCGUCUGCAGUUAAAAACCUCAUUUAAAAGCUGCUGAAGUUUUAUCAUAAACGAUCGCCCGGCAUUUCUGCAAGUUAAUACUGUUUCAAAGCAACACUAAACCCAAGAUAUUAACAGACUUCUAACACAAUGACAUGUACAGUCAUUCAUUUGCUAGAAGCUUUUAUCCAAAGUGACUCACAAAUGAGAAGCAGAAACCAUCAUUCAUUUUUUCUAUUGAGUUUAGUUUUGUUUUAAAGAUUAAAUUUGUUAAAAAUACCAAAGCCUAAUAAGAGAACAAAAAAUGGCCAACACUUUCUUUUAUGAAUAUGUAAAAAGUGCAAGCUGUAAUAAGAAUGUACUAAAAAUCUCAAUGGAUCGGAGGGCAUGCAGUCGUACAAUAACUUGACCUAAACCUGCUUCUGAAGAAACAGCUUCAUAUUACACAAAGCCAGUGUUACAGUAGUACAGAUAUCUCUGCUGUUUUCACUCUCCCUCCACAGGGGCAGAUGUCAAGGGCAGUGGUAACUGUAGAGCUUGCUUUUCAGCUUGUGUUCACAAUAAUGAAAUGAAGUCUGGAAUCAAGUUGUGUUAAGUUUGAACAAUUCCAGAAAGCUGACAGUGCUUGGUAUGCUAUUAUUAUUAUUAUUAUUAUUAUUGCAUAGGCAUUUCUGCUUCUUAAUGUUUACAUUUCGUUUUUUGCUUGACAUUUGAGUCUUAAACUGCAUGAAAUUCUGUACAUUUAUUUGUAAGAUUGUCUUUAAGGUCUUAACAGUAUUUUAAACUGUCUCCAAAUACAUUUCUUAAUUUUGAAUGUUUUAGGAUUGUUUUUAAAUGCAUUUUGUGCAAUUUCAAGUUUAGUUAAUCAUGUUUUUUUCUGAAUUUAGCUUCUAGUUUUUGCAGCCUUUCCCUAACACCGACGCAGAACCUUACCAAAGCAUGACAGGAGAGUGAAUCCGAUGUUAGGCUACACUAAAAGUGAAUUAAACACGUGGUUUGUUCCUAUGUAGACAGUGGGGAUGCCUUGUCCAUUUUUGGUUUGCUUUUCAUUCCUCUCGUAUUUGUGUGGGAAAAGUCUAUUUUGAAAAUGUGUAUGUUUUGUUGGAAGACAGCCUGUCAAGAAGAGGAUACACUCUUAAAAAUAAAGGUCUCUAAAAGUA